AUGGAACAACACCUCCUUGCCGGUUUGUCUGCACACAAUAGUGGAAAAUUUAAAAUAGCCAUUGAUGAAUUUUCCCAUGCCCUCCAAUUUGAUAAGAAUAAUUUUACUGCUCUCAACAACAGAGCAAGUUCAUAUUUUGAAUUGAAAGAAUUUGAAAAAGCAAUAUCUGACUAUUCCGAAGCUCUCAAAUUAAAACCAAAAAAUGGUGAUGUUUAUUGCAGUAGAGGUCUUGUGUAUUUAGAAAUGAAGGAAAAGGAGAAAGCCAUUUCGGAUUUUAAUUUUGCUUUGGACUUUAAUUCAACAAACAAGAUAUUAAUUUACACAAUUAGAGGACAUUUGUAUUAUGAGAUUGGAGAAACUGAUAAAUCUCUUAAAGAUUAUAAUAAGGUAAUUGAAGAAAGCCCUGAUUAUCUGAUUUACAGUAGAAGAGGAGUUGUUCACUUGGAAAGUAAGGAAUACCUCAAAGCUAUCGAGGACUUUUCAAAAUCUAUUGAAUUGAACUCAAAGUUUUCAACAGCAUAUUUAAGUAGAGGUUCAGCAUAUCAUCAAAAUGGCGAGUACGAAAAUGCCAUCAAGGAUUUCACCGAGGCAAUCAAGCUCGAGCCCACAAUAGCUCUGCCUUUAUUAAUAGAGGAUCUUCAUAUUUUGAACUGGAAAAAUACAAACAAGCACUUGGCGAUUACUUGA